UGUGUGGAUGAGGGCGGUGCUAACGGUGCCCAAGAGAAGCAGGGCCUUGCCUUUGUGGUCUGUAGAGAGAGAGAGAAGAUGGCUCCCGUUCUGGAGAAACAGCUCCCGGGCGCAGCCGGGACAGGCGACAAUAACAACGAAGAUGAAGAAGGACAAAACCUUUGGUCCUCAAUACUGAGUGAAGUCUCGACUAGAUCGAGUUCAAAGUUGCCAUCAGGAAAGAAUAUCCUGGUAUUUGGUGAGGAUGGAUCGGGAAAAACGACACUCGUGGCCAAACUUCAAGGAGCUGAUCACAACAAGAAAGGAAGGGGACUGGAGUAUCUGUACCUAAAUGUCCACGAUGAGGACAGAGAUGACCUUACCCGCUGCAACGUGUGGAUCCUGGAUGGAGACCUAUACCACAAAGGCCUGCUUAAGUUUGCUGUUUCAGCGCAGUCACUACCUGACUGUCUAGCUGUGUUUGUUGCCGAUAUGUCACGGCCCUGGACCAUUAUGGAGUCACUGCAGAAAUGGGCCAGUGUGUUACGUGACCAUGUGGACAAGCUCAAGAUCCCACCCGAGGACAUGAGGGAAAUGGAGCAGAGGAUGGUGAAAGCGUUUCAAGAGUACGCAGAACCGGAGGAUGCCACCCCAUCCUCCCCACAGAGACGGGCCCCGACAGCAGGGGAAGACGAGGCCGUUGUGCUACCACUUGGGGACAACACACUCACACACAACCUGGGCAUUCCAGUGCUAAUAGUUUGCACAAAGUGUGACGCAGUCAGCGUACUAGAGAAGGAGCACGACUACAGAGAGGAGCACUUUGAUUUCAUCCAGUCCCACAUCAGGCGAUUUUCCUUACACUAUGGAGCUGGCCUGAUCUAUACUUCAGUCAAAGAAGAGAAGAACCUGGACCUGCUUUACAAAUAUAUAGUACAUAAGAUGUAUGACUUCCAGUUCACCACACCUGCCAUAGUGGUGGAGAAGGAUGCAGUGUUCAUCCCAGCUGGAUGGGAUAAUGAGAAGAAAAUUGGGAUUUUGCAUGAAAACUUCACGACAGUCAGACCCGAAGAUCCAUUUGAAGAUUUUAUCACAAAGCCUCCAGUACGGAAGCUGGUUCAUGACAAAGAGAUAAAUGCAGAGGAUGAGCAGGUAUUCCUGAUGAAGCAACAGUCUUUGUUAGCAAAACAGCCAGCCACGCCAACAAGAGGAGCCACAGAGUCUCCAGGACGAACAGCCUCGGGGAGUCCAAGGCCUGCGGGACGCGCCGGCCAACCCACUGUGACCAGCGGCUCACCAAUGGCUGCCGUCAAAAAGCCUGACCCCAACAUGAAAGCAGGGGCUGCCAAUGAGGGAGUGCUGGCUAACUUCUUCAACAGCCUGUUGAGUAAAAAGACUGGAGCCCCAGGGAGCCCAGGAAGUGGAGCAGUUGGAGCCGGAGUGCAGGGGUCCGCCAAGAAAACAGGGCAGAAGCCGGGUUUGACUGACGUCCAGGCCGAGUUGGACAGGAUGACUCGCAAACAAGACUCCAUGGUUUCAGCUAACAACAUACCACCGCCGGCAGAGAACGAAGCGUGAAGGCAACAAAAACAACUGCAUCGUCCACUGCAUUAAUACUCUGGAAAAAAAAAUACAUGUACAUGUGAGCAUAAAGGAAAAAAAUUGACCAAAUUCCCAAUGUCUAUAUCAGUCAGCGCGCACACACAGUGGUUUCACCAAAAUGAGUUUCAGAUGCUAUCAAGAUAUUUUGGUGUUCUGGUGAGAUGGGAAGAGAGAGAGAGAGGACGAAGGUGUUAAUGAGAUAAGUGUUGAAGGCUGGGCUUUAUUGCUGCCCUCUCUUCCAUUGUAAAUGUUCUUUUUGUGAGAGGUGUCAGUUUACGGAAAUGCGCGCACACUCCCUGGCAGCCAGCCUGCUGUGCUGGGCCGCAGGCCCCCCAGUUUUCUGGGGUGCAACACCCUCCUCGUGGGUUUAAAGAGUGGGAAAUCUUAGCGGUCCUGUGGCCUCUCAUUGAGCUUAUAUCAUAGAAGGAGAAGAUUUGACUGUGAUUGGAAAGAUAUUUAAACUUUAAAUAUAUUCAUUGCGAAAAGUAAUUAAACUUGCAAAACGUAUGUAGUAAUGUUAAAAAAAAAAAAAAAAAAAAAUUGUUGGAUAUGAUACUGAUGUAUUUAUACAAAGGUCCUCCUUUUUAUUUUAUUUUGCGCACCAAUUUAUCGGUUUAAGGAAACGUUCAUCUGUAUCACUUCAAACAUCGCUGACGUCAUGACACUAAUAUGACAAGUCCAGAUAGCUGAUAGCAUAUCACACCAUUCGCCCUGAUCAUCUCGAAGGAUUCUGUAAAUAUAAAUACAAAAAAAAAAAAUCUAUUCAGGUUAACUUUGAUUUUGUAUAAAACGCAAUUCUGUCCAAAUUCAGAAAAAAAAGCUUCUUUGACUAAAUGAGACUGGUUGGGAUUUGUCAGGCUGCAACAGAAUCGCUUCUUUAGCUACAGGUGUGUAUAUUUGGGGAGGGGGUUGGGCAGCAUCUUUCCUACUAUAACUCCGAAGUGCCUCGCACAGUUAGCUGUUUGUGUCAUAGUAGAGGUGCUUGUCUACAUAAGAGGAAAUGCACUGUAGCACCAUCGGUUAAAAGGUUUUUUUUUUUUUUUUGUCCAUUUCUUGUCAUCCAAAUAAUUUAUUUUGUUUUACAUUUUUGUUAAUGUACAACAAGCCUGUGGUCUCUGUUAUUUCUCGGAAAUACAAUUUCUGUGGCCUAGCUGAUAGUGUUCAAUUGAGCAGUAGAUUGAAUGCCUGCAUACAAACUGUAAAGGUUGCUGAUAUUAAGAAGAAAAAACCACAGGAUGGAACUUUUGGGUCCUCCCCCCCCCAGACGAACACCUCACUGUGGUUGAAACCACUCGCUUUGCAGCCAAAAGACACACAAUGGUUUGUUGUGGUUUUGAACAAAAUGAGAUAUUGUAUCCGUCAGCGUUUUAACAGCACUGUCCUCCUGCGGUUUCGCGUGUUUUACUCUCACUUGUACCUCGCAUGUCAGUUAAAACAUUCCCAGUUUCUACAUGAAGUAGCUGUAGAAACACACCUCUGUAGGAAACCUGUUCAUCCAGCCAGGUCUUUUUGUUUCUCUUUCAGUGCCCAUUUAAAAAGAAAAUGUCCUUUGCCUUCAAUGUACAGCUGCCUUCACAGCAAUGCUCCUAAUUAAUUUGUGUGUCCUUAAGGGGUUGCUUAAUUGUCUUAUGUAAUUUCUCUUCUUUUUUUAAAUGAACUCCAUUCUAACUGUACCAUAUCAUCAAGUAAUCUGUACUGAUAUUUAUGGUUUCACGACACCGUGAUCUAAUCUAAAUGAAUUAAAUGUACGUCAUCAUUAAGUCUGUAUGCAAGGCCCUCCUUAAUCCAAUGGAUAGUGUACAUCAAUAGCUUUCAGAGAAUUAAUGGCAGGUGUGAAGAGAGCAGCUAUUUGCUAUUCAAACAAUGGCACAAAAAGGAAAAACCGGAGUGAAUUGGAACAUGGAACCAAAGAUGCAUAUUAGUCACUCUUUUCUGCUUUUCUAGUCUGUAAUCAUCCAUAAGAUUAACGAGCGGCCGUUUUGUCUUUGUCCUACUCUUGCAUGGAGCUCUGCAUUCCAAACUUUCAGACCUGUUUAUGAAGUUUAGUUUUGAAUAACGCCCUUUAAAAAAACAAAAAAAAAACCCGAAUAGAAAUGCCUUACUCCACUCAACCAUAUCCAGGGUUUCAGGAGUCAGGGGAGGAAAAGAAUACCAUUACUGUGUACAGCAGAUUAUGGUCAAUUCUCUUAACUUGUCUACCAUUUAACUUCAUUUCUAAUUUGCUCUGUAAGGGAAUAACCACAAGACCAUAUUGGUGUACAUACAGGAUUUGAUUUAUUGUCAAAAUUCUCCUACACAUGUUCUCUGGAUUUAUCAAAAUGAAGCUCUUAUUAUUUUUUUGUGACUGAGUGAAAUGUGCACAUGAGGGUCUGUUGCCGUAAUGGAUGAAGCACAAUUAUAGAACAGCCAGAAGCCGUACCGCCACAUGUUGAGAAAAAAAAAAAGCACUUUUCCCUCUGACACUUGUAUCAAUUUAAUAUUGGUACAGUUAAAGAUACUGAAUGCAUAUUUUUCUUUCUGCCUUGCCUUUUUUUUUUUUUUUUCCUUAGAACAUUUAGUCAUAAAUUUUGAAGUUACCCUUCACAGUAAAACUUCAUUAUUUAUCUGCAUUUGCUGCUUAAGGAAGGUGCCCCUGGUGGUCAGCUAUGGAAUAAGCGCUUUCUGCCUGUGAUAUUGUACAUUACACCUUUUUUGCUUGGGAUGUUUUUGAAGUAGAUAAACCAAAUAAACUUCCAUUCAUUUUAAGGUUUGUCCUUUUUGCCCAUGAAACGUCCCCGUGUCUGUGUUUACAUCCUAUUAAGGCAUAAUUUUCAUUCACCCAUACGCACGUUCUGUUUCAAACAAUUGUCACCCUAACUUGAUUUUUCUUUCUAAAACAUGGCCACACAAAAUUUGAUUUAGUUGAGUGGAAUGAAGUGCUCUCAUGCUGCUUGGUUUCAAAGUCGCACUUGCUCUUAGUAAAGAUUGGAUUUUGCUUUCCCCGAGAUUGAAUAUUGAACCAACGUCGUAACUUUUGUACUCAAACGACAGUUGAAAGCGACUGCCUCUUCACAUCCUUAACUGAAUUGCCUUCGACCACUAUCAACAGUCUGCAUCUAUACGAGACUUUGAGCUUCUGCUUCCUUUUUUAUAUUCAGGAUAUCAAGACAUUGUAAAAGCACAUGGCUGGCUGCAUUUUUGUGUCCUGGAUAAAUUCAGAAGUUUGAUUGUAUGACUUUAACACAACUCUGUAGCCUCUAAGCUGCCAUGUGGAUUCUAGCUUCUUACGCAGACAAACAUAAGGAAAAUGUUUAUCAGACCCCUGGCUUCAAUAAAACAAAGAAUCCAAACUUU